CAAUAUCCUCGUCUCCAGCCUCAUCCGCUCCACUGACAUACACGACUGUCGACGUUGUUCUAUUCCAAUGCACCAUCUAACGGUUGCUUUUUCGUGGAAUAGAGAACAAGGUUUUCGAAGUGGCACUUGGUGUUUUUGGCGAGUGACAUACUUCAGACUCCGAUACGAGCAUACAGGAAAUGCCUGGCGAAUUCUCUGUGUAGCUCAAUCAAUCCGAUUGCCCCUUGAGAUUGGAGACGCUGCGUUUCAGUUAAGCGUUGCGCGUUUGAGCAGAGGGUCUGUGGAAUACGAGCUCCUGCUGGAGGAUAGUGGAGAACUGGCGAAAUUAUGGUCGUGAGAGUGGAGCAUUUCAGCAUUUUAAUACUACUAGCUGUCCUGCGAUGCUUGUUGUCUUUCAACGUGGAUGAGAAAAAUGGCCUGACAUUCAGUGGCCCAGUGGAUGACAUGUUUGGAUACACUGUCCAGCAGUUUGAGAACAAUGAAGGGAAGUGGGUUCUUAUUGGAUCCCCGCUGACUGGGCAGCCAGCAAGACGAACUGGAGAUGUCUACAAAUGUCCCGUGGGCAAAGGAAGCAACCCGGAGUGCGUGAAGCUGGAGCUGCCCGAGUACACAACAAUUCCCAACAUAAAUGAAGUCAAGGAAAACAUGACCAUGGGAACGACUUUGAUUACAAACCCAAACGGAGGCUUUCUGGCUUGCGGCCCGCUCUACGGCUAUAUGUGCGGAACAGAGCAGUACACCACUGGCAUAUGCUCCAAUGUCAGCUCGAACUUUAAGGUGCUGAACUCCAUUGCUCCGACUGUGCAAGAGUGCAAUAAAGAACUAGACAUUGUAAUUGUACUGGAUGGCUCCAACAGCAUCUAUCCAUGGUCCAGUGUCCGAGAGUUCUUGGUGAAAUUGCUGGUCAGAAUCGACAUCGGGCCAAAACUAUCCCAGGUCGGAAUCGUGUCAUAUGGGGACGAUGUUGGUCAUGUUUUCAACCUCAGCCAGUUCAACAACACUAAGGACCUGGUUGAGCAUGCCAGCCAGAUAAAGCAGAGAACAGGGAUAAAGACAAUGACCGCACUUGGGAUUGAUACCGCAAGGAAAGAGGCUUUCACAGAGGAGAGGGGAGCACGCCGCGGGGUGAAGAAAGUCAUGGUGAUCGUCACCGAUGGGGAGUCUCACGACAACUACAGACUCAAGUCCGUCAUUGACCAGUGCGAACAGGACGGCAUUGAGAGGUUUUCCAUUGCUGUACUUGGAGAUUACACCAGACAGAACAAGAGCAUUGAAAAGGUGACAAUGUUUAUUAACGAGAUCAAGUCAAUAGCAAGCGUGCCUACUGAGGACCACUUCUUCAAUGUGUCAGAUGAGCUGGCGUUGUUAAGCAUUGUUGAAACGCUGGGAAACAGGAUAUUUGCACUAGAAGCUACAUCAGGUAACGACACAGCUUCAUUUGAGAUGGAGAUGGCUCAAGCUGGAUUCAGUGUUCAUGCUUCCAAAGAGGCGGUUAUGCUCGGAGCCGUCGGCGCCAACGACUGGAAUGGAACCGUUGUGAUGCACGUGGGACAGGAUUUUAUAAUCCCAGACAAAAAUACGUUCCACAACCCCUUGGUAGAGAGGUACGAGGGCCUCGCGGGGUAUGUCGGUUAUGAUGUGCAAUCAGCAUCGACGCCUAGUGGAGUCCUAUACAUCGCUGGUGCCCCACGAUACAACCACAGCGGUCGAGUCACUGUUUACCGGCUUGACGGACGGAACAUUACAAUAACACAAAUACUGAAAGGAGAACAGAUCGGUUCAUACUUUGGCAGCGUUCUUCAGACCGUCGAUAUUGACAACGACUCUUAUACGGACAUCCUUCUCGUUGGGGCUCCAAUGUAUAUGGGCUCAGAACGGGAUGAGCAAGGCCAAGUAUACGUUUACAGAAUUGAUGAGAAUGGCACUCUGGAGCAUGAGAUGACCCUCAAGCCCAUCGAUCAGCCAUGCUGCACCAGCCACGCCCACACCCACAGCGCCUGCAAGACCGUCAACAAAAACGAGCCCUGCGGCCAGCGCUUCGGCACGGCCAUCGCCGCCGUCACAGACCUCAACCUAGACGGCUACGGCGACGUGGUGAUCGGAGCGCCCUUCGAGAACGACCACCGGGGGGCAGUCUACAUCUACCAUGGCGAGGGCAAAUCUUUGAAGAAGAAGUAUGUGCAGAGAAUUGCAUCGGGUGGUGACGGAGAAAAGAUGAAGUUUUUCGGUCAGUCGAUCCACGGAAUAAUGGACUUAAAUGGAGAUGGGAUUACUGAUGUCACAAUUGGAGGCCUCGGGGGUGCCUCGCUGUUUUGGUCUCGGGAUGUUGCGGAACUAAGGGCAGAUAUGGUGUUUGAGCCAAAUAAAAUAAACAUGCAGCAAGCUCAAUGCGAUAUCGCAGGAAGGAAGAGGUUCUGUGUGCAGGCCAGAGUCUGCUUCAACUACACCGUUAAGUCUGAUCAGGAGACAAACUCAGUCACUGACAUUAAAUACAGUCUGACAAUAGACUCCCUGAGAGCAGCGUCCAGGGGACUGUUCGUCAACAUCACAGACAGGAAGUUGCAGGCUCAGGCCACCAUCCAGGACCGGCUGUGCAAGGAGCACGACUUCUACAUGUUGGAUAAACUGGACUUCAGAGAUCCCAUCAUGGUGUCUCUGCAGUUUGGUUUAGCUGAUGAGGAAAAGGGUCCAGUCUUGGAUGGAGAUUUGCCCACUUCUCUCAAUAAGACCAUUCCUCUGGUGGACUGUGGGAACAAUGAAAGGUGUAUCACUGAUCUUCAUCUUCAGGCUACAGCAAAUAUUACCAGCCUUAUCAUCAAAACAAACCAGGAAAAGUUCUAUGUAGAAGUUAACAUCACAAACAGCAAAGACAGUGCCUACAACACAAAUGUUACCUUGACUUACUCUAAGAACAUAAACUAUGUGAAUGUUGAGCCUAGAGAGAAAGAGUGCGAGUUCAAAGUUAAUGUAACAUGUGCCAUUGGCUAUCCAUUCCUGAAAACAGGGGACAGGGACUCCUUCCGGAUUUAUUUUGAAGUUAACCGUUCACAUGUUAUGAAGGAUAUUGAAAUCAAUGUAACUGCCACAAGUGACAGUGACGAACUGGACGACACUCUCCAUGACAACUUCAAAGCCAUUUCCAUUCCAGUGAAAUACGACACCACUCUGAGCUUUCACGCUCGUAAAUUCAUGAAAGAGGACCAUGUCAUUGUGAAAGAAGGAGAGAAAUACCCCAAGGAGUUCAAUGACACCAGCGUGAUCGGGGAUGAAGUAAAGAUAGUUUACAUGAUUGAGAAAGAGGCCACUCAUGCUAUUCCACGUCUUGGGUUAAAGAUCGCUUUUCCGUACAAGUUAAAUAGGAAGAACAUUUUAUUAUACUUGACGAACGUGACCGCUUCCAAGAAUGUUAAGUGCCAAGAAUCGUCCCUAACGAACCCUUUAAAAAUCGGCCCGAGUAAUGUGCACUACCCUGAUCCCCAGAGAGAGACUCUGAGCAACUUCCUAGUGGACUGCAAGAAUUUUCCCUGUGACUCCUUUCACUGCACCAUAGAGCCUGAGAUUUCUACCCAGAUCAACGUCACCUUCAGAGUGUGGAAACCAACCUUUAUUAGAGCAGACUUCUCCAGUCUGUACAUGACUGUCACUGCCACACUAGAGAACAUGGAACCAGACCUCUUCGUAAUGAGUAAGGACAAUGAAGUCAGAGAGAUCAAGAUACCGGUUUCCAAAGAGUCACUAGGUGGAAUCCCCCUGUGGAUCAUCAUAGUUAGCAUUCUUAUUGGCCUCCUCAUUCUGGCUCUGGUCAUUUUUGCAUUGUGGAAGGCUGGCUUUUUCAAGAGAAAAUCAAUGGAGGAGAUGAAGGAGGACAUGAAGGAUGAAUGAGGCGCGCGCUCGGCGGGGUCUGGUGCCCCCCUCUCCCUCAGGUCUCUUCAGCGUCACACCGACAUGGCUCUCCCAGCACUCACAGUCUGCACGAGCACACGGGUAGUUCACACGCAUUACACAGCAAUGUCAGAGGCCCACAGCUGGACCUUUCUUCUGUUAGUUUUUUUUUUUUUUUUACAAAACCGAAAACACUGUAAUUUGAUACUAUGUGAAUUACUACAUUUUUUUAUUUUGUCAUUAAAGAAUGUCAUUACGCAGUCUGGUAAAGUGCUACUUAUGUUUUAACGUACUGCUCCUCAACUUGCAGCCAUAUCUGUAAUAUUAACAUUGAUUUUAUUUUUCAAAAAUUGUUUCAUCGUCACAGAGAAGCUGAAAAAUAUUUGGACUGUAGGUAUGAAACAUACUGUUUGUAAGUAUGUAUAAGUACUAGUAUGUAUGCAACAAAAUAUCAACUAAGUAUUUAACCAUUUUCAAGCCAGCAAUGUGGAGAAAACUUCUGAUAUUCAUUGGAUACAGCAUUUCUCAGGUCUUGUGGAGAUGAUGCAACAGUUAAAUUGUGUCUCAGAGCCAUGUGUUAGUACGUUAAUGCGUAAGGAGUGCAAUUAUAGCUAAAGUCAGCAGUAUAAUUAAAUGCAGAAAAAUGUGUAAAUAUUGGUUAAAGCCUAAUUCAGACUUGAAAUAUUCCACUGUUGUAUGUUGAUACCAAAUGAUUCAAAUUCAGAGAAAAAUGGCCCAGGUUGAAUUCUUUUUUAAGCCAACAAAUUUCCAUGUCAAUAAUAUUUUAUUGUACAGUUGUUGAUGUUGUUUUAAAAUUUUGUUUGAAUUGUAUCAUUCUUGUGGAUUCUGCCAAAUUAAUGCAAAAUUUGAUCCAAUGGCUAAUUUUAAAUUAGACAGGCAUAAAUGACCAAUUGCAUUUUUGGUGCCUUCAAUCAUCCUCUUCAGGAGCAUAAUGACAUUAGCCAAAGAAGAUGUAUAAUAAGCAGAAUCAAAUAUUUGAUUUAAUUCCAGCCUUGUCUUAAAACACAUAUUUCCAAAAAUAUGUUUUAUCUAUGCAAAUAGCUUUCUCCCCUCUUGGAGGCCUACUGAAAAGCAGGCCAUUAUUCAGUUUAAAGACGGAGUAAUGAGUCAAAACAACUGUUACAUUUUUACAUUUUUUAUAUUUUUAUACAUUUAUCGAAAGCAACUAACCAAUACAUUGAAUUUACUACCCAGUGUUAAGGACAAAUGGCCUUGUUAGAUUGAAUUGGGCCCUUAAUGGCUAGUGCCAAGUAUGAUGUGUUAAUUAUAGCAAUGGUAUGUUAUUGAGAGAUACGGUAAUUAUCCCUUGAUCCUUUAAUGUACGUGUGAAACAUGGAGAACAGAUAAAAAGCUCAUUUUUCCAAACAGACUUAAAUCCGACAUGUGUGAGAUAUGUCAGCAGAACUCCUUCUUGGUAUUUUUAUUAUUUAUAGUAUUGUUAUUUGAUAUUCAGGUGAUUUCCAUCAUGUGUUCUUCAAAGAAGUGUUCAUAAUUUAAGAUGCAUUCAAACAUCCUUUAGUAUCCAUUUGGCAUCCAGCAAAAGUCAGAUUUAGUUCCAUGUGGCUAUGUGGCUGUAUUCCUAGGACGUGGGAUUGAACUCUGGGAAAGCAUGCUCCUGCAGCUCUUUGGUUCUUUGUUAUCGCCAUAGGAGAGUGACUGCGGCCUCAGCAGGAGUACAUAUACCACCCUCCAUCACCACCUUCAAAUCACAUGUUCGUAUUUGUGCUAAAUAUCAGAUUUUAUCAGAUCUAACCACUGUAUUUGUCAUUGUAUCUGACAAUCAAUGAGGCAAAAGCACCAAGGUUUUACUGAAAAUUAUUAGGAAAGAAUGUUUGGUUAUUUUUCAUUACUUGCAUAUUUGUGUUAAUACGUCAGUGAAGCAGAAACAUGUCCUAGGCUGCCAGAAUGUGGUAAAUACUAGAAAUAAAUAUUAUCUUACUAUUAAAACAAAUUUCCUCAUUCCAUCAAAUAAAAAUAUUUAUGUGCAUAUUAUACAUCACAAACAAUUGUGUUAAAACCAACAAACAUUGCUGUUUCACUUACUGACUAAUAUAGAAAGAAAGUGUUUUCAUUUUUAAAACAUAAACAUAAUAAUACUUACAUUUGGCAGCAUGACAUGGCUAACCAUCACACACAAACCACCAACUAUAACAGUGAUGAAUUAUGUUUCAGUUUAUAUGGUUAAAAUCUGUCUUAUACAAUGACAAAUACACUGAUUAAAGCGGAUGGUGCCCCAAUAUUAAGGGACAUGGGUAGUCCAGGUAAACACCCACAGGUAAGCAGUCUAAGCCCUCACUUACACCAGCUUCUCAUGUUACGGCAAUAUCCACAUAUUCACUGGAUCAUGGCAACAAAAUUGUACUCACAGCUCUAUAUCACCUUCUUUGUAUAUUAGUCUGGAGUUACUUUUUUCCAGCUAGUAUUUUUCUGUUCUUUGUGUGUUUUUAUUAUUUUAACCAUGGUUGUUGUCUGUAAAUGUCUACAAUUUGCACAAACAGUCCUUAUUAACAGUGAGAUUGUGUUGUAUAUAAGGAGAUGCCAACAUCAGCUUUUACCUGCCAUUGUGCAAAGAGCAUGUAAAAAUGUCUGUAAAAAAGUGUAAGAUAAAUUUAGUUUCACAUCAAAAUAAAGGAGAUGCAAGUG